UUCAGGCAAGUUUUUGACUAGCUGUCAGAAAAAAGGGAAACUAAGUCAAGAAGUCUCCAAUCCCAAUCCUCCCUCAUUUCUUAAUCCUUGUGUUUAACAGGACAUUUUCACUUAAUUCUUCUGGUGCUUUCUUGUAUACACAGUUUGAAGAAUGGCAGACUUUGGAGAUAACCUGUCGGAACCUGAGGUUGACCCAGCAGCGGAGUUUCUCGCCAGGGAGCAGGACCAGUUAGCCGGCCUAGAGGACGAACUAAAGCCAGCGGUGACUAAUGGCACGCCGCUAGACGGCACCGGCAGUUUUGAGAUGAUCAACACUCUUGGUCAAGGAGAUGGCGGGUUCGAAUCCAACAACUACGGCAACGAACUCGGUGAUUUUGUUUCCUCUGAACCUACUGUAGAUUUCUUCUCUGAAGAUCCAGUAAUUGAAGAAACAUCUACUCCCCCUCAAACUGAAGAAAAAGCAGUAAAACCAUCUUCACCAGAUUCUCAGAAAGCGACACCGCAGUCAACCCCAGUCAAACACCAACCUGCGCGAGAGGAGCCGGAGAAAAUUAAGAAGUGGCGAGAGGAGCAGAAGUCAAGACUAGAGGAGAAAGACGCAAAUGAGGAGAAAAAGAAGGCAGAGUUGCGGGAAGCUGCCAAGAAGGAGUUAGAAGAAUGGUACAAACACCACGAGGAGCUUAUAGCAAAGACCAAAGCUGAUAACCGGGAAUCUGCAUUAAAUGCAGAGAAGCAGUUUGUCGCGGAGGCUGACGCGAUCGAGCCCGGCACCGAAUGGGAAAGGAUUGCAAAAUUGUGCGACUUCAACCCCAAAUCAUCGCGCACCAGUCGCGACGUUUCCCGCAUGCGGUCCAUCAUCCUGCAACUCAAACAGAGCCCGCCCAACAAGUCUGUUUAACAUUCCAAUGUGUAAAAUAUGUAUCUGUUAGUUUUAAUAUAAUUUAUAUUCCAUUGUCAUCGUGUUGAAAAUAUUGAGUUUAUAGAUAUCAUCUAAUGGUGUGAAACGAUGUAAUAAAUGUUUAUGAAUGUA